AUCCAGGAGGGGUUGUGUUGGUGCUUUCAACCCCCGGAGACGCCUUCUUGCCGGCGUGUGCGUGAGACACACACACACACACACACAGAGAGAGAGAGAGAGACAGAGGGAGAGAGAGAGAGAGAGAGAGCUCGGGGCGGUCACACUGCUAGAGACUGGUUUUAAUUUUUAACUAAUAAAUCUUUGCCACAUUCUCCGGGGAGGGCGUCGAGGAGACAAUGGAGCAGGGACAAUUCUGAACGUGAAUUUGAGAAAUGUCUACACAUAGCUCCAGUGACAUCAAGCCUCCCUGCAUGCCUAGGAACGGACUAGUCAAGAUUCCAGCCCAGUCCAAUGGAUUAGGAUCAGCGAGUAUCACCAAAGGAACCCCUGCCGCUAAAAACCGACUGUGCCAGUCCUCUUCUAUUCCAACAGUGCUACCACCACCUCUACCUAACCACAGUGAGCUGGCUUCAUUAGCACAGGCAGCGCACGUGCCUUCCUCAUCUCUGUGCGGAGUGACUGACACUAUUCCACUGGUGGAACCAAACUCUAACAAGACCUUGCCAAGUACAUGCCAGCCAUCAGGGUCCAAAAGAAAACUAUCGAUCUCUUCAAUGGAAGGACAAUUGCCUAUAUUGGAUGAGAAGAUCAUCAAUCGACUCUUCUGGUACUUUUCCUCUUGUGAGAGAUGUGUUUUGGCACAGGUGUGUAAAGUAUGGAGAAAGGUCUUGUAUCAGGUCAAGUUCUGGGAAGGCAUCACACCCAUCCUUCAUGCAAAGGAGCUGUAUAAUAUCCUUCUCAAUGGAGAAAAGGAGUUUGUCAAUCUGCAAGGAUUUGCUAUCCGUGGCUUUGAUUCUUUCUGCCUGAUUGGAGUCUCUGAUCUGGACAUUUGCGAGUUUAUAGAUAACUACCCUCUGUCCAAGAAAGGUGUGAGAUCUGUGAGCCUGAAAAGAUCGACCAUCACUGAUGCAGGACUUGAGGUAAUGUUGGAGCAGAUGCAGGGACUCGCCCAUUUGGAGCUCUCAGGCUGCAACGACUUCACGGAAGCAGGCCUGUGGUCCAGCCUUAAUGCACGGAUUACCUCCCUGAGCGUCAGCGACUGUAUCAACGUGGCGGACGACGCCAUCGCCGCCAUUUCACAGCUGUUGCCGAACCUCACUGAGCUGAAUUUGCAGGCCUAUCAUGUGACAGACACGGCCAUGGCCUAUUUCACCGCCAAGCAAGGAUACACCACGCACACGCUGCGCCUGAACUCCUGCUGGGAGAUCACUAAUCACGGUGUGGUGAACAUGGUGCACAGUCUGCCCAACCUCACCGCCCUCAGCCUCUCCGGCUGCUCCAAGAUCACCGACGAUGGCGUGGAGCUGGUGGCGGAGAACUUGCGGAGGCUGCGCAGCCUGGACCUAUCGUGGUGUCCACGCAUCACUGACGUAUCGUUGGAGUAUAUUGCUUGUGAUCUGCACAAGCUAGAGGAGCUGAUAUUGGACAGAAUCAAGUUGACCUCCAGACAACACAUCUUGGUACUUCUGAACAUUGAAAACCGUUCAAUUCCAUUUAAAUGCGUGCGAAUCACUGACACUGGACUUGGUUAUCUCUCAACAAUGUCUUCCCUGCGCAGUCUGUACCUGAGAUGGUGUUGUCAGGUACAAGAUUUUGGAUUACAACAUCUCUUUGGAAUGAGGAGUUUACGAUUACUUUCAUUAGCAGGGUGCCCAUUACUGACUACCGCUGGCCUCUCAGGCUUGAUUCAGUUGCAAGACUUGGAGGAGCUGGAACUCACCAACUGCCCCGGUGCUACACCUGAGCUCUUCAAAUAUUACUCCCAGCACCUGCCCCGCUGUAUGGUGAUUGAGUAAAGACAGCGGGGAUUGGCUGCUUACACAGAAUUACCACCUCCAGCCAAACCCAGCACUGAUUACCAUUCAGAGUAAAGCUUGGAGACGAAUCUGCAUCGGCUCAGCGAUAGGAAAAUGUUAUACAGUGUCAGGAAUGAGAGAGAAACUGUGAAUAUUAACGAACUGAGAUUCUUUUUGCUUUGGUGUGCACCAGAGUCAUCCCAUUCUCUGUCUGGAUGUGUGAAUUCCACAAUCAUUCCUGCUCAUCACACUGCUCUUUUUAACUAAAUGUGGAGUGGUUGUGACCAGGCUUGUUCUGAGCAUGUGCAGCGUUUGCGGGUAGCUGCUGUCACAUGCUGCUGCCGUAACUCUUGUGUUUCAGUGCCGGAUCUCUGUAAUGUGUCUUAACGUCUAUGUAGAAUUCCGUUUGCUGAAAUGUUUCCCUCUGCGGAUGUAAGGCUGUAUUUCUCUUAUUAGAAACGAGUUGUGGUGAUCAUUCCUUGUACCAGGGAUGGAUGUUAAACAUCUCUUCCGGAAGCCAUUGUCAAUUGAUUCUAUUGGCCCUAUCUGACUAACAACGGAGACCUGUCGCCACCAGCCCACAUACUGGCAGAUAUUUCUCUUUUAACUUGGUAUUUUUCCUUUUCAGUUUCUAAUGCUGGCUGGUUCACUGCUGGAAUCUGUAAGAGGAACAAAGUGGGGGGACUGUGUUAGGAUUUAGAUGAUCGGGUGCAGCGCGUGACUUUUUUCGGUGCAGGUUGAAGGACAUGUGGGGAAAAGUCAGCAUCAGCGAUGGUCCAUUUCAUUCCUGAAGACUUCAGAGAUGGGCUGAGUUGGACUGUUUUGAUAUCUGCAAGAGUUUGUUUUCAUAGAGACCAAAAGAAGCCCACUCUGAUUCUGUGCCUCCUGUGACAGCAGGAUGCCUUCUGGACUUUCUUAUUGUAUAUAUUUUUCUGUCUGUUUGGAUACUCUUUAAAAAAAAAGUUAUAGCUUAUAUUUGCUAAGUGUUUUCCUGUGCUGUCGCCCACUGGCUCGCCUGUGAUUUAUAUAAUGCAUCGCUUUAAAUGAAAAGGUACAAGCAGAGAUGAGACAAAUAAGGUGAAAAGGAAGGCGUGCACUCCAUAUGUCAUCUGUAAAAACACCAAGCUCCUCUACUCCCCUCUUCCUCCCUCCCACAAUACAAUGAAAUUUUACAAAGAAAUUCAAAGCAGAAGCAGAAAUAUUAUUUCUAACAUUGCUUUCAGCUGGAUUGUGAUGCCUUUGUUGUGUACAGUGUGAUGCUUCCAUGCUGCAGUAUCCUUUCGGAAAGUCAGUCCACUGUCAGUACAAAUAUUCUUAAAAUAAAUAUUCCAAA